CGUGUUUUCUACAGUGGACACUGAUGAAAUACCAGCUAAAAGACCAAGAUUAGAUUGCUUUAUUCACCAAGUGAAAAACCAUCUGUACAAUGCUGCCAGCUUGUUCGGAUUCUCAUUCCAGCUGACCGCGAAGCCCAUGGUGACUUCUGCUUGUAAUGGGACACGGAAUGUGGCCCCUUCGGGAGAGGUAUUUUCGAACUCUUCAUCUUGUGAACUGACAGGUUCUGGAUCCAGGAACAACAUGCUGAAACUGGGUAAUAAAUCUCCUAAUGGAAUAAGCGAUUAUCCAAAGAUCAGAGUGAUGGUAACGCGAGAUCAGCCACGGAGAGUCCUGCCUUCCUUUGGUUUCUCUUUGAACUCCGAAGGCUACAAUAGAAGACCGAGUGGCCGUCGCCAUAGCAAAGGCACUGCGGAGAGUUCCUCCUUGUGGAGACCUCAGGAGCAGGCUGUCACCGAGAUGGUUUCUGAAGAGGGCGGCAAGGGGCUGAGGCGUCCCCACUGUACCGUGGAGGAAGGCGUUCAAAAAGAAGAACGAGAGAGGUACCAGAGGUUAUUAGAGCGACUUAAAGAAGGUGGUCACGGAAGCUCUGUCCCUCCUGUGACUUCACACCAUCACAGCUCUCAAAGAAGUCACGUGGACACGUUAAAGACCAAAGGCUGGGGGGAAGAGCAGAAUCACGGAGUCAGAGCGACUCAGUUUGUCCCAAAACAGUAUAGAGCUUUUGAAAACAGGGGACCUCUCUGUCCAGUGAGAAGUGAAAAAAGGUGUUCAAAGGGGAAAAUUUCUGAUAUGGAAAAGAUGAUUGGAAUCCGACUGGAAAAUGAAGGUAGGAGGGGACACCAGCUGGAGCCUGAUCUGUCGGAAGAAGUGUCAGCCCGACUCCGCCUGGGCAGCGGAAGCAAUGGCUUUCUCAGAAGGAAAAUGUCGAUACUUGAGGCAAAGGAAAAGAAUUUCUCAGGCAAAGAGAGGGACAGAAGAACAGAUGAUCUCCUUGAACUGACAGAGGACAUGGAGAGAGAAAUCAGUAACGCCCUGGGCCAUGGCCCUCAGGAUGAGAUCCUGAGUAGUGCUUUCAAGCUGCGGAUUACUCGGGGAGAUAUCCAGACCCUAAAGAACUAUCACUGGCUUAAUGACGAGGUCAUUAAUUUUUACAUGAAUCUUCUAGUGGAAAGAAAUAAAAAGCAAGGCUACCCAGCCCUUCACGCAUUCAGUACUUUCUUCUACCCUAAAUUAAAGUCUGGGGGUUACCAAGCCGUGAAAAGAUGGACCAAAGGAGUGAAUCUCUUUGAGCAAGAGCUUAUCCUGGUGCCCAUCCAUCGGAAGGUGCACUGGAGCCUGGUGGUGAUGGACCUAAGAAAAAAGUGUCUUAAAUAUCUGGAUUCUAUGGGACAGAAAGGCCACAGGAUCUGUGAGAUUCUCCUUCAGUAUUUACAGGACGAAAGCAAGACCAAAAGAAACAUUGAUCUGAAUCUGUUAGAGUGGACACGCUACAGCAUGAAGCCGCACGAGAUUCCUCAACAGCUAAAUGGAAGUGACUGUGGAAUGUUUACUUGUAAAUAUGCGGACUAUAUUGCUAGGGACAAACCUAUCACAUUUACGCAGCACCAGAUGCCUCUGUUCCGGAAGAAGAUGGUGUGGGAAAUCCUGCAUCAGCAGCUGCUUUGAGAAUGUUGCCCGCUCCCUCCGGCCACUGGCGGUUUCUUCCCAGCGGUCUCCACAUACCUCAUGCAUCUUGGGUUACCAAGUCCCUGCGCCGUUCUGUUCUCCCACAGGUACUGAGCUGUCACCGUGCAUGGAGGCCUCUUGGGAUGCAGAGGGGCUGCUUGCGACCCUGACUGUAAGGCUGUGCCUGCUUGGAGCCCUGGACUGUUCAGCCCACACACGAACAAACGCUAAUCAAUGUUUUCUUGUUUUAAAGAGUCAUUUCCCUGUGAAUGUGGGAAAUGCAGGAUUUAUGCUAUGAAUUGUUUUUUCCGUGUGUUUGUUCACGUGUAUUCAUUCGCUCACUCGUUUGCAAAUGUUGGGCAGUGGCCAUUUUCCACUGCCUGUGACAGUUAACUCUAAAUGAUGUGCUUGAACUAUUUAUUUCUGAGAGGAAUGUCGAUCAAAGUGCUGCUCCCUGCUGAAGAUCAGGAGGGACAGCUGCAGGGCGGGACGGCAGCAGGCAGAGCUGACGCGGAGUGGUAACCACCACCCCGGAGUUAGCCUGUCCUCUGUUUGAGGCAGAAACCCUUUGGCAGGGCGUGGUCCACAACAAGUCUGAUGGCUGCGUGGCUCCGUGCUGUGCGAAGCGGCUGUAGCCACGGAGCUCUGGCUCUCCGCGGUCUUCAGAAUUGUGUUGUGGUCAGCAGGUGACCCGGCUCACUCUUAAAACUGGAUUCCAAGUAACCGUAAACCCUAAAUCUUCACUUUGUCCCAGAUCUGGUUGAGUAUAAACCUCGGAAUCGUAAGGGCUGGCCUGAGCUGUUUAUUU